AUGUCUGAAAGUUCUGAUAGUUCUGGUCCCCAAGGAAGAUGGACAAAGGAAGAAAAUCGUCGGUUCGUUGAAGCACUGAAUCUGUAUGGAAAGGAUUGAAGAAAAAUCCUUGAGCACGUUGAAACAAGAUCGAUGGUCCAAAUAAGAUCUCAUGCUCAAAAAUACUUUUUAAAGCUGGAGAAAAAGAAAAAGAAAAGGGAAGAUGAAGCAUUAUUGCCAAUACCCCAAGAUAUCAGAGGAUACGAUUUACUAGCUAUAAAAGACAAACUUGAUCAAGCUUUAUUUCAAUUGCAAAGUGCCCAUUUAGCUCAAGCUUUUAGAGCUGAUCUGAAUGAGUUACAUCAGCAACUUAUUAAUGCAAUACCUCCUGAAGUAAAUGAAGGAGAGACCCUACCACCUGCAAAUGGCCAUUGAUGUCCCAGGAGACCUUUUUGCAACUCCAAUCUGUGAUUUCACAUGGAAAAGGAGGUUUUUAUACUAAUUUAUUAG